AUGGCUGCGGCCACCAUGAGCGGGAACUCUCUCGACAGCCUCUCCCAACCGCCGUCCCAGGCUUCCUCCCCGUCUGCCACAGCGACCGCCUUCCAGAACCAACAGUCUAGAGAAGUCCUCAACGCAGCCCUUCAAAACGCUCGAUCCAUGCCCGCGACGCCCACCACCCUCACGUCCCACUUCACGUCCCCGAACAACUCGCUAGAGCCACCCUCCGGCGUGAAAUACGCAGAGUUCCUCCGCACCUGGAACGAUACCCAUGUCUCGCGCUGGCUCACAGACAUCAAGUGCGCCCAGCACUCUGAAAAGUUCAAGGCGAACGACAUCAGGGGCGAUGUCCUGCUUGAGCUCGAACAAAGCACGUUGAAGGAGAUGGGUGUGGCGAGCAUCGGCGACAGACUCAGGAUAUUGAAUGCUGUCAAGGUACUGAGGCAGAAAUGCUCGACGAGGAGAAUCGAGAGGCUUUCGAUGUAUGGUUCUGCUCGACCUCCCCGAGAGUCUCUGUUGUCGCUUGGCGAUCACAGCCUAUCCAUUCAUCACGCCCGGAAUGAUUCCGCCUCUUCGCCCACCUCGACUCGUUCCCAUCGUCGUCUCGACCACGGACGGCCUGCUCCUCUCCAGCUCAAUCCCAACGCCGUACAGCAAGCAAACCUCCCUGGCCUCGAGCGUGAUGCCCUCACAGCUCCCGACUCUGCCCGUUCCCUCCGUCCUCCGCACAUCCAACAACCUCCACCGCUCCCUCCAUCAACAUCAACUCCUCACACAUCAUCAUCCUCCUCCCGACAAGUCGCCCACAUCCCUCCCGCACCCCGAGGUCAACCACCUCCCCCUCCGCCUCUCUCCUCCUCCUCCCGUUCCGGGACCCGCAACGUACACCCCACAUCCGUCUCGGGCCGCAGGACCCCAACCCAAACAGACGCCCUCCCGGACUACACCUCCCAACCCCUCCCUCCAGCCCCCGGCCUCCUAACGCCCCAAUCCGCCAACAUUGGCGCCUGGUCAGGGUACGGCCUACCCCCCGACCCCCGCGCAAACCUGAACGGCAAAACACCCACCACCAACCGUUCCCAAUCCCCACUCCCCGCCCCACCUCCCCGUACCGCUUCCCGUUCCCCAAACCCCUCCGCCCACGGCCGAAACGUUUCUACGUCGAGUAUCGUAGCGAAUACCACUGCCGCACCCAAACUCAGCGCGCGACCUUCAACCGCAGGAAAUCAUCCUUAUUCUCAGGGCUUACAGCCGCCUCCACAACAAGCCAACAAUACCAUUCUCUCUCCCAUUGCUGAAUCUUUCAUCUCUACGAAUGGAGGAGGAACGCCCUCUGCAUCGCCUUCACCUCCAACAGCCUACGCCGUCGGUCGCGGCCCGUUCGCCCGUCCGAACACACCCGGGCAUAACGCCAAUUCCAUCCCAAACGCCAAUACCAAUGUCAACGCGAAUGCCAACGCGAAUAUGAAUAUCACGCCCUCGCUCGUCGACCUCCGUCGCAAACUCGUAAAGUUCCAGCUCGCGGAGGAGGGCCAUUCGUGUACGAUCAAUGUCGAGGAUUGUGCGGGUGGGAUCGAGGUGCUGGAGAAGGCGUUGAAAAAGUUUGGGAAACUUGGGGGGAGGCAGGGCGGGGAUGGGGACGGGGGUAUGACGUAUGCGGGGACGGAUGAUGGGGGGUUGAAUGUCGAUGGAUGGGGAGUGUAUCUCGAUUGGAGACAUGAUAGCAGGCCAGGAACCCCUCUCUCCGAAGCCCAACUCCUCGCCGUCUGUCACGCCCCCCCGGACGAUCCAGCCCGCGAACACGGGCUCACCCUCCGUCGCACAACCCCAGCCGCCGCCGCCGGAAAAAUCAAACGCUCAAAAGCCCUAGCCCAGAUCUUCGGCGAACAGCCCCCCGGUCAACGCAAGAGCCCGACGAGUCCCCUGUUCGGCGGCGCGGGCCCCAGAAUCUCUGGCAAUGGCAAUGGGAACGACGACGAGUACGUCGAUGUCGGGCUUUCGUCUCCUGGGUUCAGUGCUUCGCAACAGCAGCAGCAGCAGCAGCAGUUGAGUGCGAAGGCUAUGAAACGGGCGAGUUCGAUUAGCGUGCUUAGUGGAUUGGGAGUUCACGAUCCGGAGCGUGCGCUCGAGUCGCCUUCUUCACCUACGCAGCCUGGUUAUCUCGGACCUGGUGCAUCCACUGGAGGAAGUGGUAAUAGUAACGGUAACGGUAAUGGGAACAACAAUGGUAGGAAGACUCCCCCGACACCGAGCAGCAAGAAAGGGCCCUCCAAGCUCCGAAACUUCUUCGGCCAACGCCCGCCCAGCGAACUCAUCGCGACCCACCUGCACGAAUAUUUCCCCUUCGCGGAGAGGAAGCUCCUAGAUCGCACGGCGCGGAACAGUAUGCUCCGCGGGGGCAGUUUUUCGAAACGGGAUAGCACGAUGUCGUUCGCGCCGCCGCCUGGCUCGAGGUUCAGCGUGAGCACGAUGGACUCCCAGCGCCGGUCUUCGCAUCGAACUUCGACGGCGUCGUCGAUUCCGCCUGCGGUGCCGGAGAAAGUCCCACGGCGGAUGGGGGCGGGGGCGGACAAUGAGCACGAGAAUGGGAACGGGAACGGGAGCGGCGGCAGUAAUAUGAUGGAUCCGCCUCCGAGGGUGUCGAUUUCGAUCUCUAGGGACGAUGGCGAUUCGGUCGAUUUGGAGAGCGAGGAGGAUAUUGACGAGGAGGGGGGGAAGAGGAUGUCGAGGGCGAGUUUGUUACCGCCUGUCAAUCUCUCGUUCGAAUCGUUCUCAGAGUCGAUGUCGGGUCUCACGGGUGGUUCGACGGCGUCGACGGCGACGAGGCUCACGCCGUCAUCAAGGAGACCUAUGUCCGUCGCUUCGAAGCGGAUGAGUUAUGUUAAGGAGUUGAGGAGUAGGCGCGAUACGUCGGAUACGGGGAGUAUUAUGACUAUGGACGAGAUUACGGCAGAGGUGGAGAGUAGGCAGGGGAAUGCGGCGGUUAAUACUGUUGCGGACGAUGCGUCGUUGAGUGGGUGGACGCAAGUCACGGAUGGGGACGAUGAGAACGAGACUCCGGCAGCGCCGGCGGACGUUCCGCCCGAAGGAGCGGAGGAGGAAGAGGAGGAGGAUGAACUCGAGGUGGAGGAAGAGGAGGAUGACUCGGAAUAUGACGAAGAUGAAGAAGAUUUCGAUGAAGACGAGGAGCAGGACGAGACGGGCAACGCGAUCGAGUCUAACGGCCUGAGGUGGAUCAAGGGUGCGUUGAUCGGUGCGGGAUCGUUCGGGAAGGUUUACCUUGGUAUGGACGCUACGACCGGUCUUCUCAUGGCCGUGAAACAAGUCGAUCUGCCUACGGCCGCGUCGAUCAAUAAGGAGCGUAAACAGCAGAUGUUGAACGCGCUGGAACGCGAGAUGGAGCUGUUGAAGGACCUCGAGCACGAACACAUCGUGCAAUACCUCUAUUCAUCCGCCGACGAAGAGCACUUCAAUAUCUUCUUGGAGUACGUUCCCGGAGGGUCCCUCACCGCCUUGCUGCGCAACUACGGCGCAUUCGAAGAACCGCUCGUGCGCAAUUUCUUGCGGCAGAUCCUCGAGGGCCUCGACUACGUGCACGAACGGGGUAUCGUCCAUCGGGACAUCAAAGGCGCGAAUAUCCUCGUCGAUAACAAGGGAGGCAUCAAGAUAUCCGACUUUGGGAUCUCGAAGAAGUUGGAGGACAAUCUCAUGCCUGGAAAUCGUCUCCAUCGGCCUUCGCUCCAGGGUUCGGUCUUCUGGAUGGCCCCGGAGGUCGUCAAACAGACCACGUACACGAAGAAGGCGGAUAUCUGGAGCGUGGGAUGUCUCAUCGUCGAGAUGUUGACUGGCGAGCACCCUUGGGCGCAGCUGAACCAGAUGCAGGCGAUCUUUAAAAUUGGGUCCGCGGCUGCGAAACCGGCCAUCCCGAGCGAUAUCUCUGCGGAUGCUCAUAACUUCCUCGAUCUUUGCUUUGAGCUCAACCACGAAGUGAGGCCUUCGGCUGGGGACUUGCUUAAGCAUCCUUGGCUCGCGAAAAAGCCAGGAAAGGCCAGCAAGGCCGCGAUGAAAGAGACGGCGGCUCCAUGA